UGCCGGGUAAUGUAAACAAACCUGGUGAGGCUCCGGUGGGUCUGCAGGGCGCCCGGUUACCUGGGGAGGACAAAUAAUGAACAGAUCCACUUAGCGGUGCUUCUCCACAUCAAUUAUGGUUCGCCUAACAGUGGAUCUAAUCGCUAAAAGCAGGAACCGCAAGGAUGAAACUCCUGCGCAGCGUCUCAAGAGAAUAACUCACUUGAAUUUCGCAAACAAAAAUAUUGAUGACAUUGAAGAUUUGUCCGUGUGCAGAAAUCUCACAGUACUAUACCUUUAUGAUAACCAUAUUACCAACAUCAGAAAUCUGGGAUUUGCAUCAAAUCUGACACAUUUGUAUCUGCAGAAUAACUGUAUUUCCUGCAUAGAAAACCUGAGUGGAUUGAAAAGACUUGAGAAACUGUAUCUGGGUGGUAAUCACCUCACAGUUAUUGAGGGAUUAGAAGGCCUCGAAGAACUGAGAGAACUACAUAUUGAAAAUCAGCACCUUCCACCCGGUGAAAGGUUAUUGUUUGACCCAAGAAGUCUCCAUUCCCUUGGUAAGUCACUUUAUGUCCUGAAUGUCAGCAAUAACAAUAUUGAUGACCUGAAAGAGCUGGCAGUGUUGGAAAAUAUAACCCAUUUUAUGGCUACAGACAAUCAAAUUCAAGAAAUGAAGGAUCUGGAAUUUGUUUUGAGCAAAUGGACAAAGAUUUGGAGAAUGGAUCUGAGUGGGAAUCCAGUUAGCGUGAAGCCAAAAUACAGAGAUGAAGUUAUAGUUCUCUCAAAGACUUUAGAGAUCCUAGAUGGUAAGGAAAUAAAGGAGAUGGCACGCAAAUUCUUAAUUAAUUGGAAAGCAUCACGGGAUGCCCGGAAGAAGAGUCGCGAGGAAAACCUGGCAAGCCAACCAGCCUACCCACCGGCAUAUGGCUUUGAAUAUUCACCAUCCCUGGUGCCUCUUGGAUAUCAGUAUCCAAAACAUUUAGAUAAGUAUAUGCUGAUGACUCAAAGUGGACUGAAACAAGUUCCCCUCCAAAAUUCAGUGGGAAAAAGAGUCAUUAACAUCUCUGAAGACAUUCGACUUCUAGCUGUAAAGGAUCCCGCAAGCUCACUGCCUGAACAGGAGGUUCCCGAGCCACACGUGCAUAGUCACGCGGUGCUGUAAGAACAAGAGGACCUCGAUCUCCCCAUGCCUCGGAUAGUUCUCCUGCUUCUCCAUACGCAAUAAACCCAACCUGGACUAUGUUUUCAACAUGAAUGUUUAGGCGUUGUAGAGAUGUGCACUACACCGAGUCCAUACCCAUUAUAGCAAAACUUGCAAGCAGAUGUUAUGGACAAAAUAG